CAGAACAAAGAUGCUGGUGAUUCCGACAGUGAAAAAGAACAGGAAGAACUGAACGAGCUGGAGAAUUUACUGAAGAAACACGAUCCUGACUUUUCAAAGUAAGUCACGGGGCUAAAUUGGCGAUUUCCUAGUUUCAAAACUAAGGAUAAGUGUCAAACCUUUCAUGUGAAAACGAGUUUUCCUGGUGUGAAAAUAAAAAAUCAUUUUCAUAUCAACAGCUUCGUUUUUAGCCUCGUUUUGAAACAGAGGUUUGAGGCAACUUUGGAAUGUCCUAUUACCAAUUAAGUCUGAAAACUGUGCGCGUUUUUUCUUUUUUUUUUCGUAUUACUAUUGCUUCUUACCUGUUUUCACAGGAGCCUAAAAACACUAUGUCAACACAAGUGCGUUCAAAUUUGUAAGUGCGGCGUUUACUGCUGACCACUGGAAAACAGUAUUUAUCCAUUUACUGAAUUGUUUACUUAGGAUUUGCUACAAUUUCCGUUUACGGUCGUCCAUUUGCAUACAGAAGCCAAAGUCGCGUGUAAGUUUGUUCCCGUUUAUCGGAGAACUUUCAAAUCACGUGUUCAGCAAAUGGCAAACGUUAGUUUUUUUUUCCGCCUGGCCAAGUUUUUGCUUUUGCUCUGUGCUUUAGCUAUCGUUAAUUGUUUAUGUCUUCCCCAAAAUAAGUAGUUUCAUGUUAGAUUCAGCUAUUUUCUUUAGAUAUUUUUUAUUGCUAUUACUAUUUUCGUGUCUCUUUGCUGUUGCAGACGUUUUGGUGGCAAACUAGAAUCUGCUGUUGACUGGGAGGAAUAUUAUCAGCUGCAUCUUGGUGUCGAGAGAAUAAGGUAACUAGUUACGGUUGUCUGUCGUACAGCGCAAGUGGAAUAGUUCCUCAGCUCCGCCUCGAGAAACGUUGAGAAUUUCGGGAAACAACAUUAAAUAUUUCCUUUGGUGCCAGUCGUGUUAUUGUCAUUUUGCCAAUAAACGGAAGCCUAGAAACUAGAAGAUUUAAUCGGGAUAAAGUACUGGCCAAAACGUUCGCGAAACCUUGCCCGUUAAGUUUUAUCUGCUGUUAAAGUACCGAUCAAUUCGGCCCCUGGGGAAAAUUUGACUUUCAAAUGUUCCUUUUUGUGGUCAGAAUAAGCUGUCAAAUGCCCCUAUGUCGUCAAAUCCCCCUGAGUUACAAAUAAAGAAAAUGAGCCGCCGUAAAAGAUUCCAAAGCUGUGGCGUUUGGAGGGCUAGCCUUCGUCAGAGCAAUUAAAGGGAUUGUGGGCUAUGUGAGGUCAACAUAUCAUAUGAUGGACCCACGCUGUUGGUGGGAACAUCAGUAAACAUGAAACACAGGCAUGCUGAGAUACAUUGUAUUAAAGGCGUCCAUUGAUUCCGUGGUAAUUUGAGUUUUCCAUUUGAAUGCCGAUAAAUUCCUUGUUGCCAUACUGCACCGCGGAUUUUCGUGUUUUCAGAAAAAUUAUGUCUCACUCCCCCACUGACGCAGGAAAAACUGUUUACUUAUUGUUUUUGUCUUUUUUUUGUCUCAGAGUUCCUGAGAUCGUAUAUCAACCUUCCAUGCUUGGCAUUGAACAAGCCGGUAUUGCGGAAACUAUUGAUUUUAUACUUAACCACUUUUCGGCCGAUUUACAAACAGCAUUAGUGCAGGUACGAGUGGAAUAACGAAAUUUUUAGCUCUUUACUGUUACUAGUUUUAAACAUUACCUAUCCAGCUUAGACGUCAGUAGUCCCCAUUGAGUUUUGAUUGUUCGUUUAACAGUUUAAGCAUUGCUUUCGACUUCCGAAAUUGAAGAGAAAGGUGCUAUUUUACGAUAAUCAGUUUACUGUCUUCAGUCCAAAUGAAAACGAUCUUAAACAUGCGAUCCUAGAGAGAAUGAAGAACCAGAGUGGAUACUCCAAAUUAGGUUUUCCAUUGAAACCGCUUAUUUUUAUCACAUAUAUGGCCUACGUUGCCUAUUACAAUAUUUCACACUUAACGGUUCAAUCAACCUGUAAUCCUUAUCACUGUAGAUGGGUGCUGAAUUCCACACUGAACUCCUUUUCUUACACAACUGAUGCUAUUUGAUCCUUUCAAAUUUCUCAAAAUGUGUGUCCAAUUAAUGCAGCUCUUUGCAAUGAAUAUUAUGUUGUGGAAUUGGCAUGAGGUGUCCCACUGGAUUUUGGAGUAUCCAUUCUAAUCACAAAAUUCGCGGAGGAGUCGGCUUCGAGCGCAAAAGGCCGCGUAAAAGCACUUCCGUGAAUUGGGUUCAGUAUUUGGUAUUGUUUGGAAAAAACGGAACUCGUUUACUUCCGGCGUGAGUGUUACUAGAUUUAAAGUGCUGCCAAGAAAGUAAGAGCCAUUAAUGUCGUGUACUGGUGCCUGCUCUGUAUAUCUCUACUUUUCUUAGAGAUAACAGGUGUGAUUCGAUGCUACAAUCUGUACUCGCAUGUAUUUGCUUUUCUGUUUUUUCUCCUAGAAUGUGUUUGUAACAGGAGGAAAUACACAAUUCCCCAACUUUCAAGAACGUCUGGAGAGAGAGCUCCUUGCUAUCCGACCCUUCCAAUCUACAUUUAAAGUUUUCACGGCAGGUUCGUUGAAUAUUUUGCUUCCCUGUCAACACAAUGUUAGAAUAGAUUUGACACAGGCAACGUUAGGUAAAUGCACCUUAAAACGCUUCAGUCUUAUAAAAGGUAUUAAUUGAAAAGGGGAACUUUCAAAGUUAUUUUUUGUCUGCAGACACACAUUCUCCAUAACCCUGUCACGUGAUCCCACCAUUUGAGACUCCAAGGACCCAAAUCGUGUGUAAUGCGAAUGUACUAUUAAGGUCUUCGACAGCUCAUGCCUUUUGCUGACAAGGGACGUCUGUGCUCAGGCUACCGUAUUAUUUCAAUAAAACUGUUGACGUUAUUGUUGUUCUUUUAUCGUUUUGAAAAUUCUUCUAACCUUUUUACUCACGUUUAUCCAGGUAACCCGGUUCUCGAUGCAUGGUACGGUGCUCGUAAAUGGGCAAGGACUCUCAGCAACAACCUACGGACAGUCAGUGUUACUAGGGAGGAGUAUGACGAAAAAGGGGGAGAAUAUCUCAAGGAACACUUUGCGUCAAACCUUUACGUAACUACCCCUUCCCAGUCAUAG